GUAACUUCAGCUAAAGUACGUUCCUCAUUUUGCAACAAUCUUUGGUGAAGAACGGUUGGUGAAAUAUGAGUGUUCUUUUAUUUGUACUAAUACUAGCGACAAUCGUGACACAAGGCAGUGCCGGAGAGUUAGAAUCCAGUAUUUUCACGAUCAAUGUGAACGAUAUUCUGGAUGAGCGUUUGAUGCCAGCCACAUUUCUGAUGCUGGAAGGAGCGGACGAUUUGGGCAAACAGCCAACCGCGCACAGUAGAUCGGAUCCAGUCGCGGAAAAGUUACAAUUUACACUGGCGAAUUUAACGAAGGAUGACGGAACCUUUGGAACGGCUUUUUCCACGAUGAAAUUUCACAGAAAAAUGAUGAACAACUAUUUAGUGAACGGUUUUCUGACUAACCAAAUGAUUUCGGAUAUGUUUCCGGAAGCGAGAAGUUUCGGCAGACGACUUGGAACCAGUUUACUGGCGACCGAUAGUAACCUCGUUUCUCCUGGCACUGGCCAGAUGCUACAUGAUCAGGGAUCAUCGGGUUAUAAAAAAUGGCUCGCUAAGUCAAGUACACUGGAAGACAUUUAUCGAAACUUUCUCUCACCGGGAGUGACACCAGCAAACGUUUCAAACCAUCGUUCGGAUGCUUCAAGCCCGCGAGCAGGAUUCGAGGACGACUAUUUCGACGAAGGAGUUAUCACUGGAUACGCCGUUCAUCACCCAAACCCCGUGGAUCCCGCUUACCCUCCAAGCUACGAUCCGCCGUACCCUCGCAAUCGAUAUUCACACCCGAAUCGUCGUCCCGUUCCCGGUCCCAUCCAACCGCAAGGACUGCUGCAAGGUGAAACCAGUUUCGAUGCCGCUCGGGGCGAUUACUCCUACCACCCUUCGAUCGAAUACGAGGAGGAGAAAGCUAUCGGCAAAGGUCUCGGUCUAAAGGAUCUCUUCAACAUAGCGCUGACCACGCUGGCGUUUCUCUCGUUUGGCAUGUUCGUCUUGCAGGUGAUUAUGUGCAUUACGAUGGCGAAAAACGAUGCAAACAUGAUGAUGAUACCGGUCAAUACCGGCGAUGGUGAGGGCGAGAUGGAAGUCCGCCACCGGACUGCCCGAUCGCUCCCGAAUUCGGAUGACGCCCGGUUGCGGGAAAUAAAUGCAAUCUCUCGCAAAGUGCUGGAUUCGAUGGAUGCGGUCGUGAUUGCCGGCCAAGAUGAGGGUCACUGCGUGCAGAAAGUUAUCUGUGGAAGCAAUCGGUUUUCCCGUGGGCUGAAGUUCAACCGGGGCUACUGGAUGGCGGUUUGGAAUUUGGGAAUAAGUUGGCUUGCUGGAAAUAUGGUGGCAGAGGAAGCUAAAUCUGAAACUAUCCUCGGAUGCAUACGGGCAAUGACGAUCGGUUUUGUUGGUGGUGACUGUAAUCAGAUUUAUAAUUGCAACAGGGAAUUCUAAUUUUUAAUAAAAUGCAUUUUAAUCAGAUCUU